GCCGGCGGCUCCGCUCCGCCCGCCCGCCCCGGGACCGGGCGGCGCCGGGGAGGGUCCGGCGCCCCCCCCCGCCCCCCCCGCCCCAGCCCGCCCUCGCUGCGAGGAGAGCCCGCUCAGGUGUGAGGUAACGGAGACAGAGGAUUCCCGCCUGUCAGUGUAGCAUGGACCGACCUUAGCUGGCUGCUGUGCAGCUCAGCCUUGUGUGCCUCAGCAGUGCUCCCUCCUGCAGGGUCUCCUACUCGGGAAAACUUUCACUUCAGGACUCUGCGAACUCAUAAUCACAAGCUGUCAUCCCUCUAGAUGUGCAGUUGCAGAUGUUGGGCAGUAAUUUGAUAUCAGCAGAUGGACAUUACCAUGAUAUGUGCUGAAAUCUUAAAAGAGACAACAGACCAGAAACAUCCUGUUGUUAAGAGAAUUGCACCAGAUGCUGAUGGCUUGUAACAUAAUGGUUACCUUUUCUGAAGACUGUCACAGCAAAUACUUCCAAUUUCAGUCUAAAUAGAGAUGUCCUUUUUGACACACAACAAAUAACUUGUUCUCCAAAAUGGAUACCAAGGUGAGACAGACCUAGUGCCACACUUGGGAAUGAAAAGCCUUCACAGGAGAGGAAGACUGAAGAGGAACUCCUGACUGUCUUGGAAAGUUCAUGCCCUGCAGUGUCAAGCACCAGCUGCACAAACACAGCACCCAGGAAGCCCUUUGCUUGUCAAAGGUUCCUGAGGCAGAUGGAGGACAGCAGCAGCUGAGGUGGACUAACACUGCAAUGUAGGCAGGGAUUGGCGCCCUUGGGAGCUUAGACAGAAAGGGACAGACUGGGGCAUAGAGAUGCCACGGUGCCCAGGACUCCUCCUGCUGAACCGAAGUCGAUGAGGAAACAGUUAAUUCCUGCUCAGUUUUGCAGUUAUGAGCCUUCCUCUGUGUCCGGGCUUUGGGCUCCCCCAGGGGGUGUAACAGAGCCCUGAGGGGCGUUCUGCAAGGAGAGUUGGCUUUGGAGGCUUGUGCUUGAAACUUGUCCAAUGAGUCUGAGACGCCCAAGCACCAUUCAUUUUGGAGGAAAAAGAUGGAGUAUUGCAUGCUGGGAACAAGUGCUUUCCAUAAGGUACAGCAGCAGCUCAUGAUGCCCCGUAAAGCUUUUCUUUCCCAGAAAGAAAAGCAGGCUCGUGCCAGGGAAAGGGAUAUGUUAAAAAAGAGGAGGAGGCGACAAGACUAUCUCAAGAGAAGCGUGGAGCCGCAGAAAAACACAGAAACAAUAAAAUGGCACAGGGAUGAUGAGAAGAGGAGAGAAAAUGAGCAAGUUAAGGACAAAGAUAUCAAGAAGCGAUGGAGACAGGAUGAGAGAGAACGACGAAAGAAUGUGGACGCUAUGAAUUGGCACAGGGAAGAGGAGAAGAGGGAAAAUGAGCGAGAAACUAUGUUCCAACUUCCUGUCAACAACCUUGGCAGUUUAAGAAAGGCCCGGAAAACUGUGAAAAAAAUACUUAGUGACAUUGGUUUGGAGUACUGUAAAGAACAUAUAGAAGAUUUUAAGCAGUUUGAACCUAAUGACUUUUAUUUGAAAAACACUACAUGGGAGGAUGUGGGACUGUGGGACCCAUCGCUUACAAAGAACCAGGACUAUCGGACAAAGCCCUUUUGCUGCAGUGCAUGUCCCUUCUCCUCGAAGUUCUUUUCAGCCUACAAAAGCCACUUCCGGAAUGUUCACAGCGAAGACUUUGAGAACAGGAUCCUGCUCAACUGCCCCUACUGUACCUUCAACGCGGACAAAAAGACUUUGGAAACGCACAUUAAAAUAUUCCAUGCUCCCAAUGCCAGUACACCGAGUGGAGGCAUCAGCACUUUCAAAGAUAAAAACAAACACGAGAGCCUUAAACCCAAGCAGGCUGACAGUGUGGAACAAGCUGUUUAUUACUGUAAGAAGUGCACUUACCGUGACCCGCUCUACGAAAUCGUUCGAAAGCACAUUUACAGGGAACAUUUUCAGCACGUUGCUGCUCCUUACGUAGCCAAGGGAGGCGAAAAGUCCCUCAAUGGUGCGGUUCCGUUGAGCUCCGGCGCCCGAGAGGAGGGGGGUAUCCACUGCAAACGAUGCCUUUUCAUGCCGAAAUCCUACGAAGCUUUAGUCCAACACGUGAUCGAAGACCACGAACGGAUCGGAUACCAGGUCACGGCGAUGAUAGGUCACACCAACGUAGUGGUUCCGAGAUCCAAACCUUUGAUGCUAAUAGCUCCCAAACCCCAGGAUAAAAAGCCUAUGGGACUCCCUCAGAGGAUGGGCGCCCUCUCUGCUGGCAGUGUCCGCUCGCUCUCAUCACAGCAGAUGAUGAACAGACUCACUAUACCAAAGCCCACGUUAAAUUCUGCAGGAGUCAACAUGAUGUCAAAUGUUCACCUCCAGCAGAACAAUUACGGGGUUAAAUCAGUCCCCCCCAGUUACGUUGGUCAGCCAGGGGGGAGGCUCAGCCUCAGUGGCAACACACCUGUUUCUCUUUCCCAACAAUCACAAAGCAUGAAACAGUUUUCAGCGAGUGGCAAUGGAAGGCCUUACACUCUGGGAGGGGAGCAGAGGUCCCAGGCCUCAGCCAGGUACUCGCUGCAGUCUGCCAACUCCUCCUCGCUGUCCUCGGCGCAGCUCAAACAGACGUCGCUGUCGCAGUCCCAGGCAGCAUCCAGAGCUCUGGGUCAGUCUGGCUCCAAAUCCCCCGUGGCUGCUACAGGUCCUUCCGCUAUCAACACCUCGUCCACGCAGAAGUGGAAAAUCUGUACCAUCUGCAACGAGCUGUUCCCCGAAAAUGUGUACAGUGUCCACUUUGAGAAGGAGCACAAGGCCGAGAAGGUGCCUGCGGUAGCCAACUACAUCAUGAAAAUCCAUAACUUCACGAGCAAAUGUCUCUACUGUAACCGCUACCUGCCCACGGACACGCUGCUCAAUCACAUGCUGAUCCACGGGCUCUCCUGCCCCUACUGCCGCUCCACCUUCAACGACGUGGAGAAAAUGGCUGCCCACAUGCGCAUGGUGCACGUGGACGAGGAGAUGGGACCUAAAACUGACUCCACCCUGACCUUUGAUUUGACAUUACAGCAGGGCAGCCACACGAACAUACACCUCCUUGUCACCACCUACAACCUGCGGGAUGCUCCUGCCGAAUCCGUAGCUUACCAUGCUCAGAACACUCCCCCUGUCCCGCCAAAACCGCAGCCCAAAAUCCAGGAGAAAUCUGACGUACCCAUCAAAAGUUCUCCACAAGCAGCGGUGCCCUACAAAAAAGACGUGGGGAAAACUCUGUGUCCUCUGUGCUUUUCGAUUCUGAAAGGCCCCAUCUCUGAUGCGCUGGCACAUCACCUCCGGGAGAGGCACCAGGUGAUCCAGACGGUUCACCCCGUGGAGAAGAAGCUGACCUACAAGUGCAUCCACUGCCUGGGCGUGUACACGAGCAACAUGACGGCCUCCACCAUAACGCUGCACCUGGUGCACUGCAGGGGCGUGGGCAAGACCCAGAACGGGCAGGACAAGGGGACAUCGUCCCGGCUGGGCCAGUCCCCGGCGGCCGCGCCAGUGAAACGCGCCUACGAACACAUGGAGUUCCCUCUGAUGAAGAAGAGGAAGAUGGACGACGAUGACUCCCCCUCUGCCUUUGAGGAGAAGCCUGAAGAGCCUGUAGUUCUAGCACUGGACCCCAAGGGUCAUGAAGAUGAUUCAUACGAAGCCAGGAAAACGUUUCUUACAAAAUAUUUCAAUAAGCAGCCCUACCCCACUCGGAGAGAGAUUGAGAAGCUGGCGGCCAGUCUGUGGCUCUGGAAAUCUGACAUCGCAUCUCACUUCAGCAACAAAAGGAAGAAAUGUGUUAGGGAUUGUGAAAAAUACAAACCCGGGGUGCUGCUGGGCUUCAACAUGAAAGAGCUGAACAAAGUCAAACACGAGAUGGAUUUUGAUGCUGAAUGGCUGUUUGAAAACCACGAUGAGAAGAAUUCCAGAGUCAAUGCCAGUAAGACUGUUGAUAAAAAAAUCAACUUAGAAAAAGACAAUGACAGUUCCUCAGACAGCUACGAAAACCUAGAGGAGGAAUACAGCGAGAGCCGCAGUCCCUUUGGCCAGCGCGUCUCUGAUGUGGCUGGGAAGGCCUCGUCCGACGGUGCAGUGCAGAACCCCCAGGACGGCUUAGCCAAGGAAAUCGUGGAGGAAAACACGUUACAGCCUCCAGAGAAGGCUGAGCAAAAACAAGAGGAAAGCUCUAAAUACGAAGAGAUGAUUGCUGCUGAAGAGCCAACAAAACUGGUAGGUGAUGUUUCAGAUAGUGAAGGUGAUCAGGAUGACCAGGAUGAUGCAGUGGAAUGGAAAGAUGGAGCUUCCCAGUCUGAAAGCGGGCCUGGCUCCCAGCAGGUUUCAGAUUUUGAAGAUAAUGCCUUGGAGGUAAAACCAGAAGUGUGGACAGAUGAAUCUUCCCAAAGCGAAGAUGCCGGGAGCAGUAAACCCACUGUGGAGGCCAAGGGGGGUGGAUCUGAAAGCGAUGAAGAACAGUCAAAGUGGAAGAAUCGUUCCUAUGGAAAAGUAGAAGGGUUUUGGUCCAAGGACCAGUCGCAAUGGAAAAACACCUCCGAGCUGGAGGAGAGCCUGGCCAGCGAGCAGAUGGAGUGGCAGAGCAGCACAAUGGACAGCGAGGACGGCGAGGGCUUCGGGGCCGUGGGGGCUGAGCCCAUGCACGGCAGCCUGCCCGGGGUGGAGCUCAGCAGCCAGCAGGCGUGAGCGGCUCUGCCCCAGGGGCCUGGCACUGCCCUGACAGCCCUGGCACUGCCCCAGGAGCCUGGCACUGCCCCGGGGGCCUGGCACUGCCCCGGGGGCCUGGCUCUGCCCGGGGCUCUGCUCCCCUGCCAGCCGCUCCUGCCCCGGGGCACGGCCGGGUGCUGCUGCCUGGGGCCGUGUACAGACCUGCUGGCCCACGGGGCUGGGAGUUCCUGCUGGGAUGAGCACAGUAACUUAAUGUGAAAAUGGAUACGCUGGUGGCUCCAGAAUGCACACAGAGAAAAGCAGAGGAUUAUUUCAUCUGCAUUUCCAACCCUCCUUUCACCUUGUCCAUGUUGAGUUGUGUCUUUCCAAGAGGCCCCUCUCCAGUAGCGCCGUGCCAGCGACCCGGUGCCCUGUAUAGCAGACUCUGGGGAAAUGGAGUUUUCAUGUAUCAUUCUGAAUAGUUGAAAUGUAUAUUUGUACAGUCUUUUAGACCUAUUAAGUGAAGCUUAUGGAACUGUUCUUGUGUACCCAUCAUAGAUCUGUUUCUCUUUUUUUAGUGUUGCCCUGCUGUGUAAUAAAUGCUGUAUCUAGUUUCCCUAGCAAAGCUUGAGACUGCUCUAGUAUGAGUUUUGACAGAUUUAGUUUUUGCACAUAACCUUGUACAAUCUCCAACCAGAGGCCAGCAACAUAAGAAUAUAUCUGGGCUCUGUUGUAUUAUAGAAUUUUCUUGUUCUGAAUAUCCUUGACAUGACAACUGAUGACAAACAUAUUUCAGAGCCAUUUUCUGAAAUCUUUUAAGCUAAAAAAGAAAAAUCACGUGCAAGAAACAAGUUUGCAGCUACUAAUUUUGACACCUUUUAGAUCUGUAUAAAAGUGUAUUGUGUUGAAGCAGCACACUGAGACAAAGUGCUGGGUUUGGAUAUUUAGUUUUAUCUUUAGUUAACACCAACAAGGUGUUGUAUUCAUUUAUACCAUCUAAUAUAUUACACACUGUUGUAGUAUGUAUAAUUUUGUGAUCUUUAUUUCCCUUUGUAUUCUUCAUUUAAGCAUCUAAAUAAAUUGCUGUAUUGUGCUUAAUGUAAA